AGUCGUGAAGGAAGAUGUGUGAAUUCACACGUGAAUAGUUUUCUGCUGCUGAUACAAUAAUAUCAAAUUAAUCUAAUACGGCUGCGAAGUAGCAGGUUGCAUCAUUCGUUUAUCACAAAGUAUCUAAUUGUAACACUGCAAUGACGGAAAAACUACCAGAUACAAUAAACUUUCCCAAAGAGGAAGAAGUCAUCCUCGAGUUAUGGAAAAAAUUGGACGUAUUUAAUACUUGUUUAAAACAGUCGAAAGGCAAACCUAGAUAUUCCUUCUUUGAUGGGCCACCCUUUGCUACUGGUAUGCCACAUUAUGGUCACUUAUUAGCAGGGUCAAUAAAGGACAUAGUCACGAGGUAUGCACAUCAGCGUGGGUUUCACGUUGAGCGAAGAUUUGGCUGGGACACACAUGGCUUACCGGUAGAGUUCGAAGUCGACAAAGUGCUUGGGAUCAAGGGCCCCGAUGAUGUAGCCAAGAUGGGGAUAGCCAACUAUAACAAAGAAUGUAGAAGCAUUGUAAUGCGCUAUGCGUCUGAGUGGGAAACUAUUGUUGGAAGGAUUGGACGAUGGAUCGAUUUUAAGAAUGACUACAAAACUCUUUAUCCUUGGUAUAUGGAAUCCAUAUGGUGGAUCUUUAAGGAAUUAUUCAACAAAGGUCUCGUAUAUCAAGGUGUAAAAGUAAUGCCCUUCUCUACCGGAUGUAAUACUCCAUUAUCCAAUUUUGAAUCUGGUCAGAACUACAAAGACAUCGCCGAUCCUUCGGUAGUAAUCGCUUUUCCACUGCUCGACGAACCUGGAAUAUCUAUUUUGGCUUGGACGACAACCCCGUGGACUCUUCCCAGUAACCUGGCAUUAUGUUGCAAUCCGAAUUUUGAGUAUGUCGAGGCGAAAGACUUGACUACGAAUAAAAUUUACAUCAUACUUGAGUCAAGUUUGAACCUUAUAUACAAAUCUAAAGCUCAGUAUGCAUUAGUUGGUAAGAGGAAGGGCACUGACCUUAAAGGUAAACGCUAUGAGCCACCAUUUAACUACUUUUGCGAUCUGAGGGAAAAAGGAGCCUUCGUGGUAUUAAACGACACUUACGUAACCGCUGAAACUGGUACUGGAAUUGUUCAUCAAGCACCAUACUUCGGAGAGGAUGAUUAUCGCUGCUGUUUGGCAGCAGGAAUAAUAACUCGUGAUCAGUCUGUUGUCUGCCCUGUUGAUAACUGCGGUAAUUUUACAGAGCCAGUAAGUGACUUUUUGGGUCAGUAUGUCAAGACUGCUGAUAAAAAUAUCAUAAAGCAUCUGCAAGGAAAAGGAAAACUUGUUCAUAGUGGAACCAGCAAACACAAAUAUCCCUACUGUUGGAGGUCUGAUACUCCGUUGAUCUACAAAGCAGUUCCAUCUUGGUUUAUUAGGGUUGAACAAUUCAAAGACAAGCUAAUAACCGCAAACUCUGAAACUUAUUGGGUGCCUGAAUAUGUUAAAGACAAACGUUUCGGUAAUUGGCUUCGAGAUGCUAGGGACUGGGCUAUCAGUAGAAAUCGUUACUGGGGUAAUCCCAUACCGCUCUGGGUGUCCGAGGACAAAAUGGAAAUUGUGUGUGUUGGAAGUAUUGCAGAAUUAGAGCAGUUGACUGGAUCCAAGAUUGAAGAUAUUCACAGAGAAAGUAUAGACCAUCUGACCAUUCCUUCUAAGCGUCCUGGGCAUCCUCCUCUUAAACGUGUCACGGAAGUAUUUGACUGUUGGUUUGAAUCUGGAUCCAUGCCUUAUGCUCAAAUGCAUUACCCUUUUGAACGAGUCAAAGACUUUGAAGAUAGUUUCCCAGCUGAUUUCAUCGCCGAAGGUAUCGAUCAAACUCGUGGUUGGUUUUACACCUUGCUGGUAAUUUCUACAGCAUUAUUUGGAAAGGCACCGUUCAAAAAUCUAGUUGCUAAUGGUCUGGUCCUUGCUGCCGAUGGUCAGAAGAUGUCAAAACGAAAGCAGAAUUAUCCAGAUCCAAAAGAAGUACUUAAUAAAUUUGGGGCUGAUGCUCUAAGGUUGUACUUGAUCAACUCCCCAGUAGUCAGGGCUGAAAAUUUGCGCUUCAAAGAAGAAGGUGUGCGAGACAUUAUAAAAGACGUAUUUUUGCCAUGGUAUAACGCAUUUAGAUUUUUGAUGCAAAAUGUUGAGAGAUUUGAACGUGAAGAAAAACUACCAUUUAAUUACAAUGAAACCAAGAAGAUUUCUGACUCGUCGGACAAUAUAAUGGAUAGAUGGCUCACCUCUUUUACUCAGUCAUUGCUGCAAUUUCUAAAAGAAGAAAUGCAAGCUUAUAGACUUUACACUGUCGUACCUCGACUGAUAAAAUUUAUAGAUAAUCUAACCAAUUGGUACGUAAGAAUGAACAGAAAACGAAUAAAAGGUGAUGGAGGAACAAGAGAUUGUGAACAAGCGCUGAACACGUUAUUCUCUGUUCUCUAUACAAUGGUGAGAAUAAAUGCACCAUUUACACCAUUUUUAACUGAAUUCAUGUUCCAACGACUGUCCAAGUUAAUUGUAGCAACCAAAAGCAACAUGGACAGUGUUCACUACCAAAUGAUUCCUGAUCCAAACAUAGCUCUUAUUGACGAAACUAUCGAAAAAGCAGUUUCUCACAUGCAAACAGUAAUUGAGCUCGGAAGAGUUGCUAGAGACAGAAAAACUAUUCCUGUAAAAUAUCCAUUGCCAGGAAUUGUGGUAAUCCAUCGAGACCCCAAAGUUUUAGAAGAUAUCAAUUCACUCAAAACAUAUAUACUUGAAGAAUUGAACAUAAGGGAGCUCACUACUACAACCGACAAAGAAAAAUAUGGCGUUAUAUUACGUGCUGAGCCAGAUCAUAAAACGCUUGGCGCUAGACUGAAGGGCGACUUCAAAUCUAUAAUGCAAGCUAUCAAGCAACUAUCGGAUGAAGAUCUACAAAAAUUUGUUGCAACAAAAAAAAUUGAAGUACAAGGUCACGAAUUAGGGCCUGAAGAUAUUCGGCUUAUGUUUAGCUUCACCGGUCCAGCAGCUGAAAAAUUUUCUGAACAAUACGAAGCACACAGUGAAGGAGAUAUCCUGAUUCUUCUGGAUGUUACUCCAGAUGAAACAAUGCAGCACGAAGGGGUUGCACGUGAAAUAAUAAACCGUGUACAGAAACUAAGGAAGAAAGCACAGCUUGUACCAUCUGAUGAGGCUAUUGUGUAUUACGAGAUUGAGGACCUUAGUAGCAACUUGGCUGCAGUGGCUGUUAGCUAUAAAUCGUUCAUAGAAGGAAUUACAAAAACGCCUCAGAAAAAUAUCGCAGAGAUGUCUCCUGACGAUGAUAUUAUUAUACAAGAAGAACAAAAAGUUAAGGGGGUCAAUCUUAAACUUGUUUUAACAAAAGUUAAACCAUCCGAUUCUACCGAAAUCAGACUACAUCUCAACGACUCCCAAGUAGAACCAUUCUCUAAAUGGGUAAAUUUAAAACUCGUUAAUCUUAAACCAAGAUUUGGGGCCACUAAUUCGGUAGCCACCAUAUUGUUAGAAAAUUUUACCGGAGGUGUCAGCAUAUCGUAUAAUCAACUGAAUUCUGAGAUCGAGAAAAUAUUUGGUAUAUAUGGCUGUCACUACGAUUUGUAUUCUGAUGGAAAACUAGUUACUGAGUCAACACCAAUCACGUCGCUACACACGCAGACAAUAUUAAUUGUUCCAGCUGGUACAUGUCCGUCCAUAUCAAAUGUAAACAACAAAUUACCUGUUUGUCACUUUGUCAAUGUAAAAUCGAAAUCCCAAAAGGGUGUCAUCCUACUUGAAAAUCCUGUAGGAAAUUUUGCCUUGGACAAUAGUGCUUUGCAUCAAAGAUUAUUAGUGUUUGGAAAUGUUAAUUUUUCUAAUGUACCAGCAGAUAAUAUUUUUAAACUCAAUGGGACAACAUUAGAAGCCAAAUAAUAAUGUAUUCGAUUUUCGUCGUUUCUCUUCUUUUUGUUUUGCUACUUGAAUUCAGGUAACAAAGUUUUGAAAAACGAUUUUAUGCUAAUACUUGAUUGUGGCUCAAUCUUUUACUGGAAUAAGAAAACGCCAGGUGACAAUUAGUAGUUCUUUGAUUGCGUAUGUAUGUAAAUUAUAGGAAUUAUUUUAUAAAUAAAAUUGAGAUUUAUAUUAAUUAUUAGUCAAUUUGACAAUUUGAUUCUUUAACCUCUGGUUUAUUCUUCCUACAUUUUAAAAAUAAAGAUAACGUUCGGAAAAUAUAACAAACAAGUUAAGUUUAACAUAAGCUCAUCACGGGUGGCAAUAAUUUAUAAAAUAACUCAAACUGCAUUCUGUACGCAUGUAACAUGGUAACUGAAAUAUAAACCUGCUAUUUCAAUGUAACAACGAUGGUUUUUUUUUUACAUUCUAUAUACACGGCAAAGUUUAGAAUUUGCGUAUCAUUUAAAUUAAACAAGAAUUAAUUCAUAGCAAAUUUAAUGCCAACAGUUUUUCAUCACCUAUAUU